GUAUGAAAACUAAGUACAAAAAUAACGUAUAUAAAUAGAUGGUAUAUCACCAGUGCAAGUGUCAGUACGAUAUCCUUCACAAAGGCACUUCUACUUGUACUGAAAACUAAGUACAAAUAUAACGUAUCUAAAUAGGCGAUAUAUCCCAGUGCAAAAAUCAGCACGACUAACGAACGAUAAUGCAGCCGAGUGCAACAGUAUCCAGACAUAGAAAAGACUGUAUUAACUUUACGAUUAAUGAAGUCCCGCAUACUGUAUCAGGAUGUAUACCGUCUGGUACAUCACUCAACGUAUAUAUCCGCGAUUAUGCGAAACUCCGUGGCACAAAAGCAAUGUGCCACGAGGGUGGCUGCGGCGCCUGUAUCGUGGCUGCGGAAAUCAAGGGCGAGACAAUGGCCGUGAAUUCCUGUCUCGUACCGAUACUAAUCUGCGACGGAUGGAAUAUUCGCACAAUUGAAGGUAUAGGUAACAUACUAGAUGGUUAUCAUACGAUUCAAGCUACGCUUGCUGAGAAAAAUGGGUCGCAAUGCGGAUAUUGUUCUUCCGGCAUGGUGAUGAAUUUAUAUGGUCUCAUACAUGACAAGAAGUUAUCUAUGCAGCAAAUCGAAAAUUCGUUUGGUAGCAACAUAUGUCGAUGUACUGGGUACCGUCCCAUUUUAAAUGCAUUCAAAGGAUUUGCCGACGAUGCGUCCCCGUCAGCGAUGAAAGACAUUCGUGACAUUGAGGAGCUCUACAAGAUCAAAGAAUGUCCGAAAUAUAAAAUACCAUGUACAAGUAGUUGUUUCGAUAAUCAAUUUUUCCAUAGAAACGAAACAUUGAAUAUAAAGUUAGCGGAUGCGGAAUUCAACAAAGUUUACUCAAUCGAUGAUCUAUUCGCGAUAUUUCGUCAAAAACCGAACGCUACAUAUAUACUAAAUGGAGGAAAUACUGCGCAUGGUGUUUUUCGUUCGAGCAAGAAAGAUCUUUACAUUGAUAUAAAUGACAUACCAGACUUGCGUCACAUCGAAAAAACCAACGAAUACUUGGUCCUAGGCGGAAAUGCAACCCUGACCAUGGCGCUAGAGGCCUUCCAGAAGUAUUCAUCCGAAACCAGAUUUAAAUAUCUACGUCAUUUGGCCCGUCAUGUAGAUUUGGUCGCACACGUGCCCGUGCGAAACAUUGCCAGCAUCGCCGGCAACCUGAUGAUUAAGCACAUGCACAACGAAUUCCCAUCUGAUAUAUUUUUGAUAUUAGAGACCGCCGGCGCUCAUGUACACGUCCUCGAGAGUCCCGAUCGAAAGCAGAGUUUGUCACUGUUGGAAUUUCAGAAGAUCGAUAUGCGCCACAAAAUUAUCUAUAGCGUUGUGUUGCCACCUCUAUCUAACGAGUACACAUACAGAUCCUACAAGAUCAUGCCCAGAGCCCAGAAUGCCCACGCUCACGUCAAUGCAGGCUUCCUCUUCAGGCUCUCUUCUAAAGGCACGGUGAUGGAAAGGCCCAACAUUAUCUUUGGAGGGAUCAACAAGAAUUUUUAUCAUGCAUCUAAUACGGAGCAACUGCUGGUGGGUAAGUCUAUCCUCGACAAUCAAGUGCUGAGGACUGCUUUGAGGACGUUGCACGACGAAGUACAACCCGACCAUGUGCUACCGGACUAUUCACCGGAAUUUCGAAAGACUCUCGCCGAGGGAUUAUUUUAUAAGUUUGUGUUGAGCAUCAAACCGGAAAAUAUAGAUUCCAAACUCCGUAGCGGAGGCUUGUUAUUAGAACGAGGUCUCUCUUCAGGUAAGCAGGAUUACGACACAGACAAGAACGAGUGGCCGGUGAAUAAGCCCAUGACGAAGUUAGAUGCCAUUAAACAGACAUCGGGCGAGGCUCAGUAUUGCAACGAUCUGCCUCCAUAUCCCAAAGAAGUGUUUUGCGCUUUCGUCCUCACGGAAGUCGGUAACGGCAAGAUCGACAGUAUAGAUGCGAAAGAGGCGCUUGCCAUGAAGGGCGUGGUGGCGUUCUUCAGCGCCAAGGACAUACCCGGCAAGAAUUUGUGCAUCUCAGCCGACAGCAAGUUGAAUUUGUUACUGAACGACGAGUUGCUGUUCGUUGAAAGGGAUGUUCAAUAUGCCGGCCAGCCAGUUGGAGUAAUCGUCGCAGAGACGCAUAAUUUAGCGAAUGAAGCCGCGAAAUUGGUGAAAAUUAAGUAUAGUGAAAUUCUAAAGAGAAAGCCAGUGAUAACCAUUGAGGAUGCGCUCGCUACGCAUGACGAUACCAGAUUCCUGCAUACCAGAAACGUUCCAGCAAAAAAGAAAGGAGAAAAUACGAAACACGUAAUAAAGGGCGUUUUUCAAUGUGCCAGCCAGUAUCAUUACACCAUGGAGACUCAGUCCUGCGUAUGCAUUCCCGUGGAAGAUGGUAUAGAUGUCUAUUCAUCGACACAAUGGAUGGAUAUGAUUCAAGUAUCGAUUGCGAAUUGUCUCGGUGUUAAGAAUAAUAGUAUUAAUGUCUACGUGAGACGACUUGGCGGUGCAUACGGAGCGAAAGUGACUCGCAAUGUUCAAAUUUCGUGUGCCUGCGCGCUGGCAUGUCACAAACUAAAUCGUCCAGCGCGAUUCGUCAUGACAAUAGAGAGCAAUAUGCAAUCGCAGGGCAAACGAUUACCUGCGCGCCAAGAAUAUGAGAUCGGGGUGGAUGACGAUGGAGUUAUUCAGUAUCUUGACUCGAAACACUGGGCCAACAGUGGCUGUAAUUUCAAUGACGCCCAAAGUUUUAUAACGGUUGAGGCCAUACAAAACGGCUGUUAUGCAACCGAUAAUUGGACGUUGAACGCAUUCGAGGUGUUAACUGAUACACCGUCAAACACAUUUUGUCGGGCGCCAGCAUCUACAGAAGCAAUGGCCAUGCUCGAGAAUAUAAUGGAGCAUAUAGCGAGAGUGGUGAAAAAGGAUCCGGUACAGGUCAGAUUGUCGAAUAUGAAGGAUGUGGAUAGAACCGUAUUAGAAACCAUGAUAAAGGAUGUGUCGAAAUCGGCCGAUUACGAGAUGCGGAAACAGGCCGUUGAAACGUUCAACAAACAGAAUCGUUGGAAAAAAAAAGGAAUUGCCUUAGUGACGAUGAGAUUUACAUUUAAAUUUGUUGGAUCAUACGACGCCAUGGUGUCGGUCUGCGCUCGCGACGGUACGGUUUGCGUAACGCACGGUGGGAUAGAAUGCGGCCAAGGUAUAAAUACAAAGAUCGCUCAAGUGGCUGCUUAUACAUUGGGAAUCGAUCUAGAAUUAAUUUCUGUCAAACCAAGCAAUAAUUUAAUAACACCUAACAACGUAAUGACUGCAAACAGUAUGGCUAGCGAUAGCUGCACAUACGCAACGAUCCAAGCUUGCAAGAAGAUUCUGACGAGACUCGAGCCGAUAAAAAAUGAAAUGAAUAAUCCGAGCUGGCAAGAGCUCGUUUUCACGGCAUAUCAGAAGGAUGUUGAUUUAUGCGCGCGUCAUAUGUUUGCAGCAUCACAAGACGAUACGAUCAGGCCUUACGGCAUUUACGGUGUCACCAUCGCUGAGGUAGAGAUCGAUGUGUUGACCGGUCAGCACAUCAUCAGAAGAGUCGAUUUAAUGGAAGACGCCGGUAUAAGCUUGAAUCCGGAGAUCGACGUCGGUCAGGUGGAGGGAGCUUUCGUGAUGGGAAUAGGAUACUGGACUUCUGAGGAUCUGAUAUACGAUCCUAAAACAGGAAUAUUAACAAAUGACAGAACUUGGAACUAUAAGCCGCCAGGAGCAAAAGAUAUUCCCGAAGACUUCCGCGUAUCCUUACUUAAGAAUUCGGUCAACACGUUGGGCGUUCUUCGUUCAAAAUCAACCGGUGAACCAUCGCUUUGUAUGAGUUACGUAAUUCUGAUAGCGAUUCGCAACGCGUUGAACUCCGCCAGGGCGGAUGCAGGGAAUACGGAUGAGUGGUAUCGAUUGGAUGGACCGUGUACCACCGAACGUAUCCUUCUAACCAGUUUAUCCUGCAAAGAUAACAUGGUGCUUUGAGAGUGAAGCUGUUGUCUAACCGGCAGAAAAGAUAUAUCUGUAAUAUCCCUUCUUGGCUUGUAUGUGCUUAAGUGAAUACAUUUAUUCCCAUUUCAUUCAAUAUAUCUAUUAUAUGUAAUUAUGAUAUGUUAUAAUA